AUGGCAAAGAAACCCUUCAAUUCUCAACAGGUUGACAAGUCUCUGCUAUCGAUACCCAAUAAACCAAUAAAUAGAGACGCUAUCAAAAAAGAAAAAUGGCAUUCGAAGCCUCUAUUCAUCUUCACAUCAAUGCUUAUUUUUGUUGGCAUAGUGCUGGGAAUCAUCAUGAUCAAUUGGGACUUCGACAAAUCCCGUUCUAGAACAAGACGGAAUUUGGAAACUUGCAACGAUCAAAACGCUACGCUGACAAUUUGCCGAAAACAAUUGGACCAUCUGCAGGAGAAGCUUCGCGAGAAAAUAAAUCUAGAAGUACAAAGAAAAGACGAAAUCGAUAGAUUGCAUGUCGAAGCUGUUGUUUUGAAGCAAAGAUUAUCCGAGUGUCAAGAGGAAAAACUUGCACUACGAGAAGAAAUGUGGGUU